AGGAGCCGGGAGGGCCGCGACCACGGGACCACCCGGGCCAAGCCCCGCCGGCCCCCCGAAACUGGGAAGCCCCCGACACUGGGGUUUCCAUCGCCACGUGCGCACGCGUGUGUUUCCAUCGCCACGUGCGCGCAUGUGUCGGGGCGCGUGCCCGCCGAGCGAGAGGAGAAGAGGAAGGGUCCACGUGCCGACGCCCCGCCGGCCCCCCGAAACUGGGAAUCCCCCAACACUGGGGUUUCCGUCGCCAUGUGCGUGCGCGUGUGUUUCCAUCGCCACGUGCGCACACGUGUCGGGGCGUGUGCCCGCCGAGCGAGAGGAGAAGAGGAAGGGUCCACGUGCCGACGCCCCGCCGGCCCCCCGAAACUGGGAAUCCCCCGACACUGGGGUUUCCGUCGCCACGUGCGCACGCGUGUGUUUCCAUCGCCACGUGCGCGCAUGUGUCGGGGCGCGUGCCCGCCGAGCGAGAGGAGAAGAGGAAGGGUCCACGUGCCGACGCCCCGCCGGCCCCCCGAAACUGGGAAACCCCCAACACUGGGGUUUCCGUCGCCACGUGCGCGCGCGUGUGUUUCCAUCGCCACGUGCGCACACGUGUCGGGGCGCGUGCCCGCCGAGCGAGAGGAGAAGAGGAAGGGUCCACGUGCCAACGCCCCGCCUCGCCAUCCGUGCCCCCCCUACCCAUUUUCUACGGUGCCCAUCUUCCGACGCCCGACUGGUGCGGCGGGCAGGGGGGGCCGCCUCGCCGUCCUGUAAAUUGUAAAUACUGUAAAGACCCAUUCACGCGUCCAUCCGGUCGUAUUUCUCGCGUGCCGACCGCGUGCGGGGCGCCGGACUAAGCGCUCGGGAAGCCCAGGUGGGCCGCAUUUG